AUCGCAAAUCACUUCUGCACGAUUGUUUUUGUUGUCAAACAUUUGAAGUUUUGAACUUUUUCCUAUUUCCGAAAUAAGGGAUAUAGAUAGUAUUAUUAUAGAUAUAAAGUAUCUGAGUAUAUUAUCUCUAUACCCCUACUGAAAUCUAUUGUGGCAUUCAGAUUCAGCAAUGAAUUCAACCCAGCAACUCAGGAAUUCUUCUUGGGUUUUUUUAAGAGACCAAAAAUAUCAGGUCAGCUAAUUCUAAAUGCCAUUCAUGUACAGGAAAUAAUUUUAGACUGAGGUUGUUUUGAUUUAUGAUUCCCUGCUUUUGAAUUUGAAAUACGCUAAUGACCAGUUCACAAGUUCAGUGAAUCUUUGGAGAUUUAUAACCCAUGACGGAAUGUUUAUAAUCAUGUCUACUGUAGUCCAUGUUGACUUGGUAGUCUCAAAUGUUGUCUGUUUGAUGAAAACAAAUGCUUUUAUAAAAUUCACCAAAUCACUACAUGAUACAUGCAAUUCUUGUUGAACUUGAUCAAAUAUGCAUUAUUAGUCAUAUGGAGAGGCAGGCUGGACUGCUUUAGUCAGGAUGUUAGCCGCAGAAAACGACUUGCAACACAAGUUGAUCCGUUGCAAUGUCAUUUAUACCACCGUGAAAUUGAAUGUGAGUAUCGAAUAUUGUCAACUUCCGAAUAUCCAAAUAAGGAAAAAUGACCAAAAUCGUCAGUACUACGAAAAUACUAAGCGAUUCGUACUCUAGUGUUGACACUUCAGAAUGCAGUAACCAGGAUGCUCACGAUAUCAAUUUCAAAAUCGACUUUGGUUGGUUUAAUUCGUUGCUCGUCUGGGAGGGUGGCAUCGCCUUCAAUAUCGUUUACUGGUUUGUUGGAUCAAGAGAGACCAUAACAGCUGACGCAAAACCAUUGAACUGGGCUGAUUGGUUGACUCUAGCCGUUGACGAAAAUGCAAUUGGAAAAGACGGCGCAACAUAUCUCUGGUUCCAGUAUCGUCUCAUUCAAGUCUAUACUUGGAUGAUGGUCUUCGGCGUGGCAUUGAUAGUCAUUCAUAGUUUUGGAAGCAAACUAGGACUUGAAAACCUGUUAAGUUAUACAUCUCUUAACAAUGUCGGGCUAAGCGGGGUCCAUUCCUUACUCUCCUUUGCUAUACUGGCGACAUUGGCUUGGGUGAUGACAAGACACGGAAACGAUCGGCGUAUCAGAACAUUGGUCAGUCCGAAUGUACCAAACACGACCAGAGUUUGUAAUCGACAAUGGUUAAAGAUCAGUGGACUUGGACGGGAUGUAACGAUUGACUCGCUCUACGAAUACCUGAAGAAGAAGUUUAAUGCCCAGGGGAUAACCCGUGAAGGAAUCGUUUUUGCCAAUGAUCUUACAAAACUGUGGCCCGUUUUAGAUCAACUGAAUACUGUGCGAGACAUCAAGCGGCAGUUACUAAUCUCCCCCUCCGGACCGGAAUUGAUUCAACGGCGAUUUUGGGAUAAAAACAACAACGAAGAAGACGCUACGGCAUAUUAUAACAGGAAAGAAAAUAUUCUCUUAGCAGAAAAAGACGCUAUGAUCAAAAACUUGGAAUUUAUCGGCACAGCUUUCAUCCGAUUUGACGAUCCUGCCCAAGCCAAAGCGACGAAAAUGGCUAUCAUUAAUCAUCAACCGAAAUGGUUUCGUUACUCUAUUAUGCCGCAAAAAGAAGAUGAAUUUCGACUACGUCAUUGGACCGUGCGAUAUGCUCCACCUGGUUCGCACAUUAAUUGGCAGCAAUUGGAAGGGCAACACUCUAUUUGGAAAAAAUUAUCUGUCUUGCUGAUGUUACUGAUUGCCUAUUCAACUUAUAUUACUGUGAUGGCCACACCUGGCUUUAUUGUCCGCUCUCUCUACUUGGUAGGGCAAGGAUCAAACCCUUUUUCAUUAACUUGGAAAAUUUUCAUUCUACCAAGCAUUGUAACUUUCAUCACAACCGAACUGACAGACUUGGUGACAAAUCUAGACCUCUACCGACGCCACCUUUGCCUGGCAAGUAUUGAAAUAGGAAGAUUGCGGUCAAUUUUCUACCUGUCGAGUAUACUCUAUUUGGUUCGAAUGAUGGCCGUACAGCCACUUCCUCUACUGUUUUCUGGCCAGUUAUUCGACAGCCAACAUUUUCGCUUAGAGUGCCUCUUCUUUCCAGAACACGGCAGUUUUAUUGCUUGCAGUAUUAUUGUUAACACAGCCAGUAGGAUAUUGAUGGAUCAGACACGCUUCCAGUUCCUCUUUAAUUACCUCAAGAAAGUGUUCACCUUCCGUUCACAAGGGGAGCACACUGCCUGGAGACAAUCUUACAGACUUGAGUUGGAUUUUGCUUCCCGCUAUGCCGAGCUAACUAGCAACUUCGUCCUGACCUGCCUUAUAAUAAUCAAUUUCCCGGUUAUAGGUAUUGUGUCUUGGAUUAGUUCGAUUCUAACUUUUUUGAGCGACAGAAGCGCCUUGAUGAAUAUCUAUGCAGUUAGCAGUACCAAUCCCAAUAUACACCAAGAGCCAGUAAACAUUGUCCUAAGUUUGUCCAUUCUCUCGCCCCUGGCUUUGCUGAUCUACAGGAGUGUUCAACUAGGACCCAACUUUCCUAAUCACUUGCUAGACGAUCGAUUUAUUGCUCCUCUUUGUGUUACCAUUGUAUGCGCACUUCACUUAAUUUACGCAUACCUACGAUAUUUCCCCAAACGGACAGGGCUACGCCGAUGGGUCGGCUAUGUUGAAGACGACGAGGAGGAUAUGAUAGAUUUAAUGAGUAAUGCUAAGCACGAAUACGACCCCAUCAAAGCGCUAAAUUUUGAAAUCCAUCAAUCUGUCUAAACUUUCACGUCCUAAUGAUCCAAGUUCUCUGCCUCUCACCAUACGCUAAAUAUUCUUGUAACGUUCGUAAAAUCAAAAUACAUCGGAAUAUCAAUCA